GCUGUGUCACGGCGCGGCCGCCAUGGAGUACCUGAUCGGCAUCCAGGGCCCCGACUACGUGCUCGUGGCUGCGGACACGGUGGCGGCCUCCAGCAUCGUCCAGAUGAAGCACGACCAUGACAAAAUGUUUAAGAUGAGUGAAAAGAUCUUACUCCUGUGUGUUGGGGAGGCUGGAGACACUGUACAGUUUGCAGAAUACAUCCAGAAGAAUGUUCAGCUCUACAAGAUGAGAAAUGGUUAUGAAUUGUCUCCUACUGCAGCUGCAAACUUUACACGGCGCAACCUCGCUGACUAUCUUCGGAGUCGAACCCCUUAUCAUGUCAACCUUCUCCUGGCUGGCUAUGACGAUCAGGAAGGCCCUGCCCUUUACUACAUGGACUACCUGGCAGCUCUGGCUAAAGCUCCUUUUGCAGCACAUGGAUAUGGUGCAUUCCUUACCCUCAGCAUCCUUGACCGCUAUUACAAGCCAGGUAUGACACGUGAGGAAGCUGUGGAGCUCCUAAAGAAAUGUCUAGAGGAGCUUCAGAAACGCUUCAUCCUCAAUCUGGCUUCUUUCACUGCCCGGUUCAUUGACAAAGAUGGCAUCCACGACAUGGAAAAAAUACCCCUUCCAAAAGCGACGCCCUAACCUCUGAGCUCUUUCUUCAGCAGUCUUCUGUCUUUUUUUGUUUUGUUCACUUCUGGGUGUUUUUCUAUUCACUUGGAGCACACAAGUCAUGUACUGCACCGGGCGACUGAAUAAAGAUUGACAUUUAUAUAGCCA